AUGAGGCGGCCUGGUGCAGCACAUUCAGUUACCUGGAAACAUUACAAACGGAAGCUUCAGCUGAGUUCCAGUAGACGCAACCCCAGAGUUUCCGUCAACACUUUGUUCCAGUUGAACCCAAAUUGGACAGAUUUUGACAGAGGCAUUCAUUUGCACAUCAAUUCGGUUUUGAGGUUAGACUCACCUUAA